CAUUGGUUAAUCAAAAAUCGGCAUUUGGAGAAGAAAUGUGGUCGCACAGUUUGGGAGAGAGCAGGAAAUAGGAUUUUCCUAUGGUUGUGGUAGCUAGUGCAGUUAGCACAACAGUGAUGUGGCUAUCAUUCAUAGAGCUUGAGAAUAUUUUAGAAAUGCUAGCUAAGCUUACCUAAAAUUUACAAAAGGAUGCUAACACAGCCAUAGCACGUUCCAUUACAGACACAGGUCGAAAGCUGAAAAGGAUAAAAACAGACAUGUACACUUUAGCUGUACUUCAGUUAGCCUUCCUGUUAGCUUCUUAAAGUCUCGUUCUCUCACAGACCCCAGUCAUAACUCAACAUGUAAUAAAAAAAGAGUUCCCUUUUAAAUUAUUUCUUAGAUUUCUGUGCUUCCUUUGACUUUUGUUUUUCCAACACCACUUUGUGCUGGUUGUACUUUAGGUUUGGCAUCUGGUUUAUAAUCUGUCCGGCUUAUUGUUGACCAAACUGAAAAUCAUUUUAUUCUUGACAAUUUCUCGAUGCAACUCUAUUGAUGCAGCAUUUUGUCAAGCAGUGAAGUUUUUAAUGGGCGUACAUAAGUAUGUCUUUGCUAAACCAGUUCUACUACGCAAUUCUACCAGAACUUUGACCUUUAAUUCCUCAGUUUGACUUUACUAUUUGCUGAGGAGACUGGUAAUUAUAGCGUCGUCUGUAACGAAGCUCUGCACCUUAUUUGGUUAUCAAAGUUUUCCUGUACUAAUUGUCAUCAUAUCUGAGUUAGACGAAGCUGAGGAAGCUGCAUCUCCAGACUGCAGGACUGGUCUGCAUCAUGAGCACCACAAGGAAUGUAAACUGAGAGAAGAGAGCAUUUCACGACUCCGCGCGCUCACUCUUGGGUAUCCUGGUUUAUGGGAUCUAAGUGCUCCUUUGUGUUUGUUUGCCUCGGCUCUCACAUGUGAGUCCUGAAGUCACAGCCCCCCCCCCUCCGUGCCCCCCAUUACGCUGUGUUUACACCGCUGGAGGGCUUCUCUGAUGCUUGACCUGGCCUGGCCUGGCCUCAUCACGUUGGAACGCCUCCAAAGUUCUUAGACUGUGAGUGCUUCUAUCUUCCAGGCAGAGUACGCCUGUGACUUCUGGGAUAUUAGAGCAUUUUGUUUUUGUUGGAAAAAAAUUGUUAAGAUUUUUUCGAUUCUUGUCUUCUGAUGUGUGCAUGUGAUGUCCAGUUGCGUGCUCCCUAUCGCAGUGGUUUAUGAUGGAGUUUGAAGUGAGACCUAGUUUGAUUAUCUUCAAAGGAUAAGAAGUUUAUUUUUACAGCAACAAGCAUCAGAUCUUCUGACUAUAAAAGAAGUAGACUAAAGGUCUGCGUUUUUGAAUUCCACCUGAAGCGGAGCUGCGAACACAACUGAGCGCUCUGUGUUUGUUUGAAAUCGUUUAAUCUUUCCCUGACGGUGUUGUUUCUUGUUAAUUGUGUUCUGUAGGACAUAGAAAUAAGCACCUCGCUUGAGUUGUUCUCUGCGCACCAGGUGAAGUGUCAGCAAUGGGAGGGGAAAAAAGGCGUCUCUUUGUGGUGGGCGAAAAAGGAAAAAUAAACUGUGUCAAAGAUACAAAAGAUGAAGCUGACAACACGUGCCGACUGGGUUUGCGGGAAGGAGCGGGCACGUGCGCCUCGAUACACGAGCCUUGGCUUAGAGGAGAAGAGAGGAGAGCUACCUUUGCUCUGUUCUAUUUUGGUUUUCGCUCGGGAUGAGGAGCCAAGCUGGGCGCCAUCCGCUAAAUAAGUGAUGGGAGAGGAUGUGGAGGCUUUUUCUUUGGCGUUGGGAGGAUUUUGGGCUGAGAUCCACGCUGCCUCAUUGCAUCGAGCAGCGAGGAUUCUUAUUUAGAAGCCAGGGCACUGAAAAGUGUGUUACCAAAGGAACAGAUUCACAAGAAUGCUUCACAAGAAGGAUAUUUAAGAUUUAGACAUAAUUAUUUUUUGCCUCUUAUUUUACAUUCUAGCAAGGAGUAAAACAUGUUACACCCAGUGGUAAGAAUGUUAAGGUGGUGAAGUCUAAAAAGCAAGCUAGCAGGAAAAUAACUAAACAAACUAUUUUAACCAAUAUAUCCAUUGUUUUAGUCUUUAAAUUAUUAUUUUUUUAAUGUCUAAUCUGAUAUGUCUCAUGUAUGGCUUGUCAAAAAUCAUUAAAAAAUUACAUAAGGUCAACAAUCCUUUACUGGAAGCGGUAACUGGAUGUUGAGUGGAAACUUGCUGGGACCAUCUGUAGAGCAGCAAAAUGUUCUUGCAGCUUUUCAACACUGCUGAACAUCAGAUUAGACUCUAAUUUAAUCUGUACAUUAGAUUAGCCUGAAAUCUGAUGCACAGAUACGACCCUUUGUUUGAGCAAAUUCACUUCUUUUCUCCGUGCUAAGCAGCUUUAUCUCUGGAACAUAGGUGGGUUUCCUCGCAUGAAUUAUUCCCUUCAGGUCCAAUUACAACUGUUCUGUUAAAAUGGUACCAGAAUCUUGGCCAUGAUGUUCCACGUCAACAAUUUAGGCGAUUCUUUUGGGAUAGAAAUGGAACAGUAAAAGAAAGACUCUUUAUUGUCCCACAUUGGGGAAAUUCAGGUGUAACAGCAGCAAAGAACAUGGAGGCAUGUAGAUUCAACACAGACACAAAAUAUUCAAAUACGUAAAAAAGAAAAAAAAUCCAGAUUAAGAAUAUAUGUAACAUACUCUGAAAAUGUACGUGUGUCAUAUACUGACUAUUUACAACAUAAUGAAAGUAAAACUCACUUUGCUUCAAGUUAGAGAAAAGUCAGAACAACUGCUUUAACGAUUUAACAACAAUAAAUUAGUCGAAAAUUUGUCUUUUUUUUUUCUAAAAUAGGAUUAAUGGCAAAAGAACAAUAUGAUCUACAUGCCAGAUUACAUUUUGUAUUUUCCAUUCUGUUAUGAUUUCAUCCAACUGCAAAGUAUUGUCACAGCCUCUGGCUUUCUCUGUGAUAUCUGGCAGAUUACAAAAGGCGGCCAUAUUUAUUUUGGCCAACAGUGACCUUUUAGUGACUUGGAGUGCUGUGUAAACAAAUCUGUUCAAAGUUCUACAUCGCUGGACUUGUGAAGUAGAAAAAACUGAGAAGGAAGCAGGAAAUUAUUUCUCACCAGGAUAUCAAUGCAACGCCUGUGUCCAUGUAGACCUUAAGAGGCCCAAAAACAUUUAGAUUUUUGUUUACACCAAUUACUAUGAAUUGGAGCAUUGUUGUUGCUGUCACCAAGUACAACUUGGUUCUAAAUGCAGAAGGCCUUGAUUUCAUGUCUCUAAAAUCAAGACCUUAAAUUGUCUUAAAUUCAUUGGAUACAAUACGUUGGCCUUAAAUAAGUCUUAGAUGUUGUUAUGGCAGGUCAAUUUGAUCUCAUGUAUUCUAUGUAUUUUUAUUUUUAUUUUUUUUUGUGAGUCUUCCCUGUUAGACAAGAGUUUGAGUUUGCGUUCACUGAAUUUAGUGACUCAAGACACGCUAGCAAGGUAUAUUAGCCUUGCUAGGUAGCAAGAGGCAGCAAAAAUUGUGAUAAGACAGGAGAAAGGCCUGAACAUGUUAGAGUCUGUAAUCCAUUUUCCUAAAGUCUUCAGAAAAAGUUCUCUUUAUGCCAACAUUUACCUUCUCAAUCACUAACGGGACAUUUUUAUAGAUCCCUCUUGUUUUAAUUCAACCUUAGAAGAUGCAUUUGAGGAUCUUCAGAGAAUUACUUCAGUGCUUUCCCCAAUAUUUAAGCACAACUUUUAUCCCAUUUAUACACUUUAACAGAUUAGAAUGUGUUGUGUCAUUUAUGGAGGAAUUAAAGAACUCAGAAACCUUUAUGUGACGUCAGAUGAGAAAGUAAAUCCAAAUGUUUAGAGCUACUGUGGUAUUUUUUGUGGCCAAAAGAAUGACGCUCCACAGAGCUGCUGAUGUGGCCAGUGCUAAUAUUAGUAGCACCUAAAAACCUGAAAACGACACUGAAACAAAAGUUUUCAUCUCUACUGCUAACAGUUUCCAGUUCAGAUCCCUACAGAAACUUUCGAAAACUGACACACAUUUAAGGCUGGUUCUGAAAACACUCACACUUAAAGCUGACCCACCUGCAGAUACUGUCUCUACUCGGUUUCCCUUCUGGCUCUAGACGGCUUUCUGCUCUUGCUGACCUAGAUGGAAUCUGCAAAUGGACUCCAUGCGGUCUGCAGCUUCUCUGUGGAAGUAGGCUGCAGUGUUUCACACAGAGGAGCCACUUUAGUCUGAGCACAAAUCUGCACUUAUUCUGUCUGAUAGUAGAACAACAGUUUCCUGUUUGGGAUUUUUGAAGCAGUGAGGAUUGGAGGCGGGCAAGUUGAUCCAAAAUAUUGAUACCAAUUCUGUAUCGGUAUUGGGUCAAUAUUAGUGUGCCAAGAUUGAUACUUUCGUUUCAAGUUCCAUCAUGAAUUUUUGUUAGUUUUUUAUUGAGGUUUUUCAACUCUACCUCAAAAAACACCUUCUGAUUUUCUCUCAAAUGGCAAUUUUUGCACUCUGUUUAUUUAGGUAAAAUCCACACAAAUUAUGUUAAUAUGUUAUUGAUGCAUUUUGUAGAUGCCUAUAAAAUUUCUCUAGCUUAUAUCCUCGGUCUGAACAAAAGAAUUUAAAGAAAAGAACACAAAAAACCCUAAAGAUCAGAACUUAAAUAAAAAAGUAUCGUAUCGGUGAUACAGGCCCUAUAGUUUAUAUUUGAUCGAUACCAAAAUAUAGAGUGUUGAACACUCUAUAUUUAACUCUAUAUUUCAUUUGCAGUCAUACAUGUAGACUGAUCAGCACUGAUCCAUGAACUCUAAUACACACUGUCUGGGCCAGUAUCUCUGGCCCAGACAGAAAUAGAAGAAGAAAACUCAAAUAUUUUGACUUAUUUUGAUUUAUUGGAGAACAGCUGAAUAAACUAAUUACAUUUAAUGUAGCCUCUUCACAAAAGACGAUUCCCAAACUCCUUCAAGACGAAUACAUCAACUUUAUAUGCCUCUCGACUUGUUGUCCAGAGUGAUUGUGACAGCAGAGAAAGCAAAGUGAAUUUCUCUGAAACAAAACACAGCUGUGACGAUGUUAUUAGGGCAGAGAGUGAGGGGCUCGGGGAAGCAGCAGCAGCCACGUGAAGUCAGAGUGACUGCCAGGUGGCUGUGAGGGAUGCUGGCAGACCUAAUGACAGCUUGUUUUCAUUGGCCUCCGCGGAUAGGACAGGGACGGAGUGGGGAUAAUGGGUCAGAACGGGCAGAAAAGGUAAAUAGCAGUAAUGCUCUGUUCAGAAGAAACGAACCAGCCAGCCAGUGGGGGAGAGAAAAAAAAAGUAAGCAAAAAAAUAGAAGAGUCAGGAGGAGAAGGAGGAGGGGGGGGGGCUCAGUAUCUCCGGGUAGAGCUCGUUCAUCUGCAGACCAAGCAGAGGUGCGGCUGAGCAGCCCCGCGCUCUGAUUGGUGAGGCGAGACACUGCUCCAUCCCUCCUCCUCCUCCAUUACCCCCACCCCCAGCUGAAGAAAGAGGUGCAGCAGCAGCAGCAGCGUCAGACCCAGACGGCACAAGACUCCAAUCCAGACGCAGCAAAUUUUUUUCCCCGCAGCAUCUUCCCUAGGAUGAAAUCUCCAGAGUGUCUGCGGACAGGCUUUGUGUUUUUUAUCACUACUAUCCAGCUCUGAAUAACCGCAUCUUCAUCUGCAACCGGGCUUAUAGAUUUUUUUUUCUGUAAAUAAGCUUUUUUUUUUGUUUGUUUCCAUUGAAAUUUACCAUCCUAAAAGGAAAGGAAAGCCUUGAUCUUAAAAAAAAAAAAAAAAAGGAAACAAAACAUCCGUUGCCUUGCGCUGAAGAGGAAGACUCCGGGUCACCAUGGGCAGGCAGGGGAACGACGUCUCGGCCGCGGCUCCCGGGAUGCGCAUCCAGUGCUCCCAGAGCAAGAUGAGCCUGUCUGCGUCGUUCGAGGCGCUGGCCGUCUAUUUCCCCUGCAUGAACUCCUUUGAUGAGGAAGAUGGAGAAGCAGGAGGUAAGAAGCUGCGAAGCACCGUCCAGAGGAGCACGGAGACGGGGCUGGCGGUGGAGAUGAGGAGCAGGAUGACUCGGCAGGCCAGUCGGGAGUCCACAGACGGCAGCAUGAACAGCUACAGCUCAGAGGGAAACCUCAUCUUCCCCGGAGUGAGGCUCUCCUCGGACGCUCAGUUCAGCGACUUCCUGGAUGGUCUCGGACCCGCCCAGCUGGUUGGACGGCAGACUUUGGCCACUCCACCAAUGGGGGACAUCCAAAUAGGCAUGGUGGAGAAAAAGGGAGCCCUGGAGGUUGAGGUCAUCAGAGCCCGGGGCCUUGUGGGUAAACCAGGAUCCAAGGCACUGCCAGCACCAUAUGUAAAGGUCUACCUUUUGGAAAACGGAGCCUGCAUAGCCAAAAAGAAAACAAAAGUAGCAAGAAAAACUCUGGACCCUCUCUACCAGCAGCAACUGCCGUUUGAGGAGAGUCCAGGAGGGAAAGUUUUACAGGUCAUCGUCUGGGGCGACUAUGGCCGCAUGGACCACAAAUCCUUCAUGGGAGCAGUCCAGAUCCUGCUAGACGACCUGGACCUGUCCAACAUGGUGAUCGGCUGGUACAAGCUCUUCCCUCCUUCCUCGCUAGUGGACCCCACGCUGGCCCCGCUGACGAGAAGAGCUUCCCAAUCCUCGCUGGACAGCUUCUCGCGAUCGUAGCAGCGUUGCGGACCUAACAGCGUCGUUGUAGCAGCCGGUGUUGCGAUUUGCAGGUCACGAGGCCCCACCCCGGUUACACUGCAUGCUUGAUGUUGUGUCUUCUGAGCCUGUUUUUAGGGGCGCAAAACAAAAAAGAAAAACAACAAAAAAGAAAUAAUAAAACGUGAUCCUGUGUUUUAAGCAAAAACGUUGCGCACAUUGUGCACGUGGCAAAGCGCGUUGCAAGCACCCAGCGGCAGGGAAUUGCCAGGUGUCGUUUGUCAUUCGGGGGAAGCCGGGACGAACUCCUUAGCACGAGGAACUCAUCGGUUCCGGCUUUUUCUUCCAAUUCGAAGCCAUGGGGAGGGGCCGACACCGGGAACCACUAAACGAGUUCCGGCAGAGGCUCCUUUUUAGAAUGAAAAAAAAAAUCAAUGUUAUGUUGAUUUUUUACAAUUUUUUCCUGUCUUUUUUUUUUUUUUUUAUGUCUGUGUACUUUUAUCUGAAUGGGGCAGGGGGGGUGGCGGUGUUUCUGACCAGAUGCUUGGUCACACCAUGCCAACAAACCUAGCGACAUAAAUGCAGUUGUGGAGAACAACACUUUCAACGAGGGGGAGGGUGUGUGUGUGUGUGUCUAUCCUCCUACAUGCAAGACAAAUGCAUUGCAUCCUCUGGGUUUAUGUGCUGAUCCAUCUUUGCUGGUAAAUCACCAGUUAAUCAGGGGCAAUACUGAAGUGGCCACCCACCAACACUCCAGAAUACACAGUAGCAAUCCCAACCCCAUGAAAAAAAAAA